AACGUAAGGGAGAAGCGCAUGGGUACGCAGUUCUCGCCGUUACAUGAUUGACCCUGGACUUCUUGUGGCAAACUUCCAAAUCCUCUUCCUGCUUUCCACGUACCCGAAGCGUAAUAAUAACAAAAACGAAACAUUUUCAUAAAUUAAAUUUUUCCCUAUAAAUACAUUGGUUUUCUGUUGCCGUCUGCUUCUGUGAAAUAAGAAAGGAAAAUGCCUGCCCACAAGCUGGCUUCUCACCACGUUGUUUUGAAAGGUCCCAACCUUGUCAAGGAAAUUUUCUAUGGAAUAUCCCUAGGGCUGAUGGCUGGGGGUAUUUGGAAAACGUACCACUGGAAUCAGCAGCGGAAGACCAGGGAGUUUUAUGAAUUGCUGGAUCGAGGAGAAAUAUCUGUUGUCCAUGAAGAAGAGUAAAAAGUUCAAUCCAAGAAAGUGGUUGUUUAGAUCAAGACGUCAUAAAUCUGUACAAGUUUGUUUUCCUGUUAAUUAGUAGUGUAGAAUAGGAUUUAUUGUUAAACAUUGGGCUUGAAUCUUAAUUUUCAUACCUCAAAUUGUGGGUCAAUUUUGUCAAUCUGCCACGUUCCUUCUAUGUAAACAUGACAUCGUCAAUAAUGGAAGUGGUUUUUUGAUGAUA